AUGGCGCCUUCUCUUUGUGCCAUUUGCAAGACUGCGAGAGCUCUAAUAAUACGACCAAAAAAUGCUCAAAAGCUCUGUAAGCCAUGUUUCAUUGCCAUAUUCGAAGAAGAAAUCCACCACACCAUCACAACCACGAAGCUUUUCACCCCAGGAGACCGAAUAGCAAUAGGUGCAUCAGGUGGGAAGGACUCAACUGUACUUGCUUCAGUGCUCAAGACACUCAACGAGCGCUACAGCUAUGGCUUGGAUCUGGUGCUGCUUAGCAUCGAUGAAGGAAUCAAAGGCUACCGAGAUGACUCCCUCGUAACCGUCAAGAGAAAUGCAAUUCAGUACGACAUGGAAUUGAAGAUAGUAGGAUAUGACGAACUAUAUGGAUGGACAAUGGAUCAAGUUGUGGAGACCAUCGGCAAGAAAGGAAACUGCACAUACUGCGGAGUGUUUCGAAGGCAGGCCUUGGAUAGAGGAGCGAAAAUGCUGGGGAUCAAGCAUGUGGUGACUGGACAUAACGCCGAUGAUGUGGCUGAGACUAUUCUGAUGAAUCUGCUAAGAGGAGACCUGCCACGACUUGCGCGAAGCACGAGCAUAGUGACGGGCGACGAAAUGAGUGAAGUCAGAAGGAGCAAGCCUCUGAAAUACGCAUACGAGAAAGAAAUUGUGCUAUACGCACACCACAAGAAGCUCGAUUACUUCAGCACCGAGUGCAUAUAUAGCCCAGAAGCUUUUAGAGGCAGCGCAAGGACGCUGAUCAAGAGUUUGGAGCGAGUGCGACCAAGCGCUAUUCUGGAUGUGGUCCGCAGUGGUGAGGAUAUGGCUAAACUGGUACCAGAAGAAGUCACAGGAAUCAGCCAAUGCAAGAGCCAGAAGGUUUCGUUGUCAAGUGCUGAUGGCGAGGAAGAUGGCGCUGGCGGCUGUGGGAAUUUGAAUGGUAGAACGAGUGGAGGAGAGAUGGCCGACAUGGAGAAGAAGUUACAACAGGAUGAAGAAGCAUCAACCCGAGAGAUUGACAUCGCUUCCUUGGCCUCCACCGGCCCAAGUGGCCAGCGUCAUGAUAGAAUGGAUGGGGAGAAGGAGAAACGAAGUAGUGCCAAACAAGGACUCGGCAAGAAGCUUACUCGGCAAGUGUUGGGCACAUGCAAGAACUGUGGUUACAUGUCAAGUCAAGAUAUUUGCAAGGCGUGCAUGUUGCUGGAGGGGCUGAACAAGAACCGGCCGAAAAUGGAGAUCGAGAUCGAUGUUGAAGACGAAGAGAGUUCUACUCUGAGACGGAAAAUGGAGGGCAUAGCUCUCGCAGCUGGUUAG